GUGGAGCAAUGGAUUGAUUUUGCAACGUUAGAGAUUGAUGCCAAUAUUUUGCGUUGGUUCAUACCGCGUGUCGGUUUUGCAGUCUACCUUCCUCCGGCUGAGGAAGCUGCAAUUUCUUCCUUGAAGAGAGCACUGACUGCUUUGAACACUCAUCUUGCUUCCAACACGUACUUAGUUGGGCACUCUGUGACAUUGGCUGAUAUCAUUAUGGUAUGUAAUUUAACACUGGGUUUUAACCGGUUGUUGACAAAAAGUUUUACCUCAGAAUUUCCUCAUGUUGAGAGAUACUUUUGGACAUUGGUUAAUCAGCCUAAUUUUCGCAAGAUACUGGGUGAGGUGAAACAAGCUGAAUCUGUUCCAGCUGUUCAGUCAAAGAAGCCUUCACAGCCCAAGGAACCUGCAAAGAAAGAGGCCAAGAAGGAAGUGAAGAAAGAACCAGCAAAGCCUAAAGUAGAAGAGGCUGCUCAGGAAGAGGAGGCACCCAGGCCCAAGGCAAAGAAUCCUCUUGAUCUUUUGCCUCCUAGCAAGAUGAUUCUGGAUGAAUGGAAAAGGCUUUAUUCAAACACAAAGACCAACUUCCGUGAGGUUGCUGUCAAAGGUGAUUCCUUAUUGACUCUGUUUAUUCAUGCAUUCAAGCAGAUCUUGUUUUUAAUUUAUCACAAACCUUUGUGACUUUAUGGUAUGCAUGUGGUCUUCUAUUUCCAGUCAACAUAUAGCAUCCUCAUGCAUUUCUUUUGUGCAAUGUUAUCAUUUAAAUAUUCAAUUACAUUAUGUACUGUUCCCUGUAUUGUUUAUAACUUUAUACUCUGCAGCUCAGUUACUUAUUGGCCUUUGAGAUGGAAUUUG